UUCUACUAAGUUUUGUUUCACUUUCUUAGUGUUUCACCAUUUCUAUUCUUAAGAUAAUGCUAAAUUUUGCUGUGAAAUGGCAGAUACCACUCUUUCAGUAGCUCAGGAGGAAUUCAAGUGCCCAAUCUGUCUGGGUCUCCUGAAGGAUCCAGUGACUAUUCCCUGUGGACACAGUUACUGUAUGAGCUGUAUCACAGACUGCUGGGAUCAGGAUGAUCAGAAGAGAGUCUACAGCUGCCCUCAGUGCAGACAGACCUUCACUCCAAGACCUGUUUUAGGAAAGAAUACAGUGUUUGCUGAAAUGGUGAAGAACCUCCAAGGAGCUCCUGCUGACUAUUUCAUUGGACCUGACGACGUGGAGUGUGAUUCCUGCACUGAAAGAAAACGCAAAGCUGUUAAGUCCUGUCUUGAAUGUCUGAAUUCGUAUUGUCAAAAUCAUCUGGAACAACAUAAAAAUUUAUUUAAACAUAAGAAACACAAAUUGACGGAUGCCACUGAACGACUACAGGAGAUGAUUUGUUCUCAGCAUCAUAAACUGCGGGAAGUUUUCUGUCAUACAGAUCGGCAGUGCAUUUGUAUUCUAUGCACAAUGGAUGAACACAGACAUCAUGACACUGUUUCAGUUUCUGAAGCAAAAGCUGAAAAACAGGAAAAUUUGGUAGAGAUAAAAAGGGAAUUGCAGAAAAGAAUGCAGAAAAAACAGAAGGAGCUACAGGAGUUGAGAGAGGCUGUGGAGACUCAUAAGCGCUCUGCACAGGCAUUAGUUAAGGAAAGUGAAAGGAUCUUUACCAUGCUCAGCCACUCUAUUGAGAGAAGUCGCUCUGGGGUGACACAGCUGAUCAGAGAUCAGGAAAAGGCUGAAGUGAGUCGAGCUGAAGGACUCUUGAAGCAUCUGGAGCAGGAGAUUGAUGAUCUGAGGAGGAGAGAUGAUGAGCUGGAGCAGCUUUCACACACAGAUGAUCACAUCCAUUUCCUCCAGAGUUUUCAGUCUCUCUCUGUUCCUCCUGGAUAUACAAAGUCACUCAACAUCACUGUCAGUUCACGUCUAUCUUUUGAUGAAGUAGGAAAUUCUCUAACUAAACUAACAAAAGUAAUAAAUUUCUGCAAAAGAGAAUUGGGUCAUAUAUCUGAUGGAGUAAAGUACAUUGAGAUUGUUUCCAAACCUGAACCCAAGACCAGGGAGGAGUUCCUACAAUAUUCCCAUCAGUUCACUUUGGACCAGAAUACAGUGAAUAAAAACCUCUAUCUGUCUCAGGAGAACAAAAUGAUCUCUUAUACUGAUAUAGACCAGCUGUAUUUUGAACAUCCAGAAAGAUUUGAUUUUGAUCCUCAGGUGUUGUGUAGAGAGAGUAUGUGUGGACGCUGUUACUGGGAGGUCGAGUGGAGUGGUGAGGUGGAUAUAUCAGUGUCAUAUAAGAAAAUCAAGAGGAAGAGUAAUGAUAAGAGUGCAUUUGGGUAUAAUAAACAGUCCUGGAGUUUGUACUGCAAGAAUCUUUUCAGUUCAUUCAUUCAAUUCAAUUAUCCUGACUCAGUAAACUUUAGUUACACCAUGUGGCACAAUGACAAAGAACAAGAACUAUUAAUUCGCUCCAGAUCUUGUAGAAUAGGAGUGUAUGUGGAUCACAGUGCAGGAACUCUGUCCUUCUACAUCAUCUCUGACACAAUAAUGACCCUCAUCCACAGAGUCCACACCACAUUCACUCAACCUCUCUAUCCUGGGUUAGGAGUUUAUUCAAAAUCAACUCUAAAAUUGUGUGAUCUAACUGCAUAGAUUAUAUAUAGGUUCAACCCAGUCUCAUGGCAGUUCAUGGAAUAGCACGAAAUUUAGAAUCUACUGAUUCGUGUUCAUGGACACGAAUUUCCCCCUUUUUUCAUGUCAGUCAUCACAAACUUUCAAAAAAGACUUUAAUUACACGCAUGUGUAUAUACAUGUAUAUAUUUAUAACCUGAUAUCAGAGGUAGUCGUGCAUAUUUUAGGAUGUGGCUAACCAACACCUGUCCCCACCUCAAAUGCUAAAAUCACAGCCGCAAAGGCAAAUUUAGCUGAAAACAUACGAAUGAGCUUGUAGGAAAUCACACAAAUGAGCCACCUCGUAAAAUAGGUACGAAUUCACAUCAGAUUGCGUUGAUAUAUAUUUAUACAUAUGAAAGUUACAGCGUAUUUAAAUACGUUAGAUUGAGAAGUCGACUUGAAAGUUGUGCUGAGUGACAUGAAAAAGGGAAAUUCGUGUCUGUGACACGAAUCGAUAGAUUACAUUUGUGUCUGUGCCACGAGUUUCCAUUAGACUCUGCUGAGAGAUUAUACAAAUAAUUUGUUAUUUGCAUGCAGCUGGGUACAAAAAGCAACUGUAAAGAUUCUCAUUUUUGAAAGGAGUAGACAACUUUGCCUGAAUAAGAGUAUGUAUCAUCAAAGAAUAAAUCCUUGCUUCUUUUUUUAUCUACUUUUUAUUUUAUGUAACAAAACAUAAAUACAUUUAUUCUAUUUCUAAUACAUUAAGCAAGAUUUUUUUCAAAAAGU